CUCGCCAGAAACCCAACCAUGCUGGCAGACAUUUGUUACCAUGCAACGAGCAGACGCUUGUGAAACGUAUUUGUUCCAAAAUUGGCUAAAUUGCCUGCUGAUGUAUACAUAGCUCGCGUGUGUGUGUAUGUUGCUAACCUAGCUAGCUAGCCAGCCAUCAAUAAAGUUCCCAAUGUUACAACAUGGCAGACGGCCGGAGCCCCGACACGGGAGAAGCUGCCUAUCGUUCCCGGGAUUCUGUCAAAAAAGAUUCGUAUUCAGAGAGUCACCUCCACAGCAGCCCUCUCCCAACACCUUCAGCAGCAGGUUUGGAAUCAACAGGAGAGGGGAGGCAUUGAGCUGGACACCCUCAACUCACAGGCUCAAUCAGUUGUUAACACUGUUUUGAAACAGAAAGGUGUUAGAUUCUUCUUAGUUGAGUAGAUGUUAUUUUAGUGGUGGCUAGAUAUGGACCACAACAUCUUGGUUUUGUUUUCAUCCGGAGAGUUAGUGGUAGGCUGGCAGGAGAAGCUGUUCAGUCAGUGUCCUUAUAACAAAUAAGAAUUUACUGUUUAGGAUAGUUUGAUGUUGCAUAGUAAUGUGUGUGUGUGUGUGUGUGUGUGUGUGUGUGUGUGUGUGUGUGUGUGUGUGUGUGUGCGCAAUAUGAAGUGGUCUUGUUCCAGAGUGAGUCAGUAUGCCAGACUCCGCUGGAGAGACAAUACCACACAGAGAUCAUGGCUCAGGAGCGGACCAGGGGCAGAUGGAACUGCAGGAUUUUCACCUACACCGAUUCUGACUGCGACACCAAUUGGGAAGGGGUGGUUUUCAACAGGAUCUCCAUUUCUGUAACGGUUCUGUAACCAAAGACGCUUCGAGACGGGAAGCAAGUAUAGGGGGAGGAUUUAUUAAUAAAUAGACAUGAAACUAAAGAAGAACAGUGUCUGGACAAGAGAAACGGAGUCCGGGUGAGUCCGAUGACGCGCUGGUCCACGUAAAAAUGGUGACAGGUGUGCGUAAUGAUGAGCAGCCUGGCGACCUCGAGCGCCAGAGAGAGGGAGCUGGAGCAGACGUGACAAUUUCAUUAUUCAAAACAAAGCAUUUACCUAAUUUCUGUCCAAAAGAAACGUUAGUGUUUUAAAGCUGUUUUUGAUAUACUCACUACAGCAUUCCCAGAGUAUGGUGAACACAGGUCAAGUCCAAUCCUAUCUUACUGGUACAUAGGAUGGCCAAUGUCAGAGGACAGUCGCCCAGUGUAGUUCCCUGAUACUCACCAAAGUGAAUUAUUAAUAAAGUGAAUGUAAUUGAAGCAGCAUUGAUGCGUCCUGCUGCUUUGAAGACAAACAGUGUACCGGUAUGUUCACAUUACACCAUACCCUUGUAUGCAGAAUGUGUUUGUGGUAUUCUGUUGGUCUGCAGUGGCAGCACCAUCCCCAAGUCCAGGCUGAUUACCUGGGAGCCGUCGGAGGACUUUGUGAAGACCAGCCACAUGGUCAACACACCUGUGCAGACCAUGCACAUCAUGGGGACCUGGGACCACCGGGCAAACUUGGCCAAAAGGAGAAGGAAUGCUUGUCUGCAUGAUAAGAGCAGAUGGAAAUGGAGUGGUUACCAUCAAACCAGACUUCAACAAAGGCAAGGAACCCUUCAGGUUGAGACGGGGGGGGGAGAAGAGGGAGGUGUGGCGUCAGACCAGAGGAGACGGAACAGCAACAGUGCAUAUAUAGACCGUUAUGUACGUCAUAAAGACUACCUCAACAGCUUGGUUGGCCAGGACUGAAAUGAAUUUACAAUGUUGAAUGAUGCAUUGCCCAACAAACUGCAUGUAAUGGAUCUAAUUUACUGAAAGAAUGAUGGAUCGUAAUGAUGAGAGAAUCAAAAGAGCUUUAAGACGCCGCCCUUAUGUGUUGAAACCAGUUCGGGUGAACACCCCUGAUUCCGUGUUGUGGCCAACCGGCAAGGUGCACAGAAGGCCAAAGCCUUCUAAUUCAGUGCAGACCCCUCAGAUCCACAAAAAGCCUCCAAUCAUUGUGAGCUAUGGGCAGGACCAGACAUCUGGGGAUGGAUGGAGCAUCAAUCCAGAGCCUCUUAGCCAGUCUGGAAGGGUGACUCAGCUGAUAGAGAGAAAAUAUCGUGACGUGAUCUCAUCCUCCAGUUCUGAUGACUUUUCCAUCUACUCCUUCACUGACUGUGAAUCUGAGUGUGAUGAUGAGGAUCAUGAAAGGAGGACACCAAAGCUGAAAGUUGAGAAUGGAAAGGUGACAAAGCUUGAUGUGAGGGAUAUGGACGAGGAUGAUGAUCUGUCUCUCCACUCCUUUGAUGAGUCAGACUUCCUGAGCCCAGGGGAGGUCUCAGGUCCUGUAUCUGUCAAGAAUGGCCUCUCUCCUCUUGUAACCUCAGCACACCGGACACUGGCUGAAGCCCUACAGGCCCUGUCCUCUGCUGUAGGCUCUCCCUACCCAGUAAAUGUUCCAAGGCCUCGGACUCCUCUCAACCCUGUCAUUAUCGCUCCGCCCCAAACAGAGAACUUCCCAUACCGCCACAGCCCUCGCCUGGCUCCCAUCGUCAAUCUGAGCGAGACUGGCAGGAAGCUGCUCCAGGAAAUGGCUGGAGUGGCCCCACAGGAAGGGAAGGUCAAUAAGAAAAAGAAGUGCAAGGCCAAAAAUGAAUUGAAGCAAGAGAAGGCCAGUAAGACGCAACAGAUGGGAAAUGUUGGAGAAAGUAAGGAGGAGGACAAGAAAGAGGAAAAGAAGAGUCUGAGGAAGAGGUUUCUUCAGUGGCUGCUGCCCAAACUGAGAUGUUCAAAGACAUAAUGGCCAACUAUUACUUCUACCACCCACACACACACACACACACACACACACACACACACACACACACAGAUUUUGAGUAUUGGUUAUUCCUACAACACACACAAACGUAAUUUCAUAGACAAGAACUAUGAUUACCAAAUACAUAUAUUGGUCUCAUUCUUAUAUUUUCAGACAUGCAGCGUUAUAAAUAAAAAAAAUAUUGAUCCCCAUACAGCCUAUGAUAAUGAGUUGGAUUUACAUGCUUAGGCUUGGAAAUAUAGCCAGGAGAAGCAGGGUCAACACCUCUACUCAUGUCAUAAGUGCCAUGACAUCUUUAGUAACCACAGAGAGAUAAGACCUCUGUCUCCACAGUCUCAUCCAAUGGACAGCACCAACCUUAGGGCAGUGUCACUGGUAUUGGGGUCUUAGGUUUCAGUUGGCCAAAGUGAAGAGUUGAGGGCCCCUUACUGGUCUCCUUGCAAUAUUUGGUCUCCCACACAGAGAUGGAAAUCUACACCUGUUUAAACCGUGGAGGUUUUGGCUUCAGAUGAAAGAGCAGAGAGAUGCAGAACGUAAAAGCUUCAAACACUGUGAUAUGCAAAUGUAGGACCAUUGUACACUGAAGUGAAGCAUGCAUCUGUUCUGAAGCAUGUCAAAAGAGUAGAAAUGAACUGGGACUGGAGGAAUACAUCACAUUUAAACUAAAUUAGCAUGUAUGUAUUUCAGCUACACUCAUCUGUACUUGAAUUGUGCUGUUUGAAACGUGCAUUUCCAAUAAAGCUUUUUAAAUUGCA